AAUUAUAAGUCUGCCUUAUUCAUUGAAAUUAACAAAAUUUAAAUAUGAAACAAAAAUCAGUAUAAACGCGAAUCCUAACAGCUUUGACUACUUUUAGAAAAAUGUUUUUAAAAGUAAAAGAGUACAUAUUUAUUUUAGCAUUAAUUGGUUAUCUUAAAUUGGCCAAAACAGAAGAUAAUACAAAUGUGGAUGUUAAAGAGAAUCACAAAGAAUUCUAUAAACAAAUAUUAACUCUCAAGGAAAUUGUGGCAGAACUGGAUAGGGAAGUUGAACAAUUGCUUAAAGGUUUUAAUCAACAAGCGGAUAUUAUAUUUGGUGACUCGCCCAACAACGCCUCAGAUAAAACAGAAUUUAUCCCUGAAAUUCCAAUUAAUCAAAGUGAAAAAAUACAAGAAUUUUACACUGAUUUCAAUAGCAAAUUAUUAAAUUUAAACAAUGACACAGAAAAUUUACUUAAUAUCAAUGACAAUUUAUUUUGGAACAAAACUCAAACCAUAUACCAAAUAAUUGAAGCUGCAACAAAAUGUCCUAUUAAUAGAAAUGAAAAUAUUUCUUCUGAUAUUCAAUAUAGGAUAACUAAUAUUUUAGAAAAAUUGGACAAACAUAUUACACGUUGUGAUAUUUUAAAAGAGAAAAUAGAGAAUCUGAACAAGCAAGAAGAAGUUCUGGUGAAAAACUCUGAAAAUUUGUCCAGCAUUUUGGCUGAAAUUAAUGCUAAAUUAGAUUCACAGAAUCAAUAUUUUGAAAAUUUAGAAAAACAACUGCCCAUAAUACAAGAAGCUAGUAAAACUUUAGAUGACUAUAUCAUUCGUAAAAACGAACAUGAAAGUUAUCGUCAGAGAUGUUGGGAAACAGGAAAUUGUCGUCAUGGUCAUCAUAGAGGUCAACAUUAUCGCCAUUCUCAUCAUUAUGUUAAGAAAUUUUGAAAUAUUAAAUGAAAUUUUAUAUCUUAUCAUAUUGUAUGCAAAUACAGUGAAGUUGAGAGAAAUAA